UCGCCGAGAGCAGGUUGGAGGCUGGGUUUCAGAGAGACUCCGGACUGGGGUCCGUCGCCAGCCUCUCCUCCUGGAUUGGGGUUGCUUUUCAUAUUUUAAAAGAGGAUUUUCUUAUUACCUUUGAAUACUCCUUUUGACAAAAUUUCUGGAGCAGCUCAGCGGGGAAGAUUUUGGGGGAAUCUUGUUUUAAGAAAAUGAAAAAGCACCUACGGGGUAUUUAUUAAUUUUUCUCGGGUUUUGGAAUCACCCUGUGGAAGAGAGUGCCAGCUAUCGAGAGCCAGGAGCGAAGAGUGGAGAGGACCAGCAAGGCGCACCAGGCCGAACCACCUCCUUCCCGGCCGCCCCCUCCCCACUCCCCCGACACACACUCAUUUUGCUCGCUCGCCGGCGCGCGCAGCGCACACCCCCCGCGCCGGACCCGCACCUCGGCGGGCGCCACACACUUGCCAGCCUGAGCCGCGGCAGCCGCAGCGGGAUGGAGGCGGCGCGCACCGAGCGCCCUGCAGGCUGGCCCGGGGCGCCCCUCGCCCGGACCGGGCUCCUGCUCCUGUCGACGUGGGUCCUGGCCGGCGCCGAGAUCACUUGGGACACCACGGGCGGUCCCGGGCGCCUGGCGGCUCUGGCUUCUCGGUCCCCGGCGCUGCCUCGUCUCUCACCGCUGGCAAUGGCAAGCCAGUGGCCGGAGGAGCUGGCGACUGUACGGAGAGGCACCGCACUGGAGCGCCGGCCGGGACCAGAGCCGCUGCCCCAGCCAAGCAGUGGCAGCGGCGGAAAGAAGCAAGGAGAAGCCGGAGGGCUGUCUCCAGCAAGCUCGCGGUGGGGACCGGGCAUCUCUACUCCUGGCAAGCCUAGCGGCGUGAGGAGGAGUCGUCGGGCGCAGCCCCCCAGUGCCCUGGAACACGGGGAUGCCCGGGCUACUGUCUUAGCCGAUGGUUCCAAAGGAAGCCGCUCUCUGGCCAAGGGUCUCCGGGAGGAGGUGAAGGCACCACGGACCGGGGGUUCAGCGGCUGAAGAGCUCCGGUUACCCAGCACCUCGUUCGCGCUGACCGGGGACUCGGCUCACAACCAAGCCAUGGUGCACUGGUCGGGACACAACAGCAGUGUUAUACUUAUCCUGACGAAGCUGUAUGACUUCAACCUGGGGAGCGUGACAGAGAGCUCACUUUGGAGAUCAACAGAUUAUGGCACCACCUAUGAAAAGCUGAAUGACAAAGUGGGUUUGAAGACUGUCCUCAGUUACCUCUACGUCAACCCCACCAACAAAAGGAAGAUCAUGCUUCUUAGUGAUCCUGAGAUAGAGAGCAGCAUAUUGAUCAGCUCAGAUGAAGGGGCAACCUAUCAGAAAUACCGGCUCACCUUCUACAUCCAGAGUCUGCUCUUUCACCCCAAGCAGGAGGACUGGGUACUGGCCUACAGUUUGGAUCAAAAGCUCUACAGCUCCAUGGACUUUGGAAGACGGUGGCAACUCAUGCAUGAACGCAUCACACCCAACAGGUUUUACUGGUCAGUGGCCGGACUGGAUAAGGAGGCAGACCUGGUGCACAUGGAGGUGCGGACAGCGGAUGGAUAUGCUCACUACCUCACCUGCAGGAUCCAGGAAUGUGCCGAGACUACUCGGAGUGGGCCUUUUGCCCGCUCCAUCGACAUCAGUUCCCUGGUGGUCCAGGAUGAAUAUAUAUUCAUUCAGGUAACAACUGGUGGAAGAGCCAGCUACUACGUGUCCUACCGGAGAGAGGCCUUCGCUCAGAUAAAGCUGCCCAAGUACUCACUGCCCAAGGACAUGCACAUCAUUAGUACCAAUGAGAACCAAGUGUUUGCAGCCGUCCAGGAAUGGAACCAGAAUGACACAUACAACCUCUACAUCUCAGACACACGUGGGAUCUACUUCACCCUGGCCAUGGAGAACAUUAAGAGCAGCCGAGGUCUGAUGGGAAACAUCAUUAUUGAAUUGUAUGAGGUAGCCGGUAUCAAAGGGAUAUUCCUGGCAAACAAGAAGGUGGAUGACCAGGUGAAGACAUACAUCACCUACAAUAAAGGCAGGGAUUGGCGCCUCCUGCAAGCUCCAGAUGCGGACCUGAGAGGGGACCCAGUGCACUGCCUGCUGCCUUUCUGCUCCCUACACCUACACUUGCAGAUCUCCGAAAAUCCAUAUUCCUCAGGAAGAAUCUCCAGCAAGGAGACAGCUCCAGGGCUCGUGGUGGCUACAGGCAACAUUGGUCCAGAGCUCUCAUAUACUGACAUCAGUGUGUUCAUCUCUUCUGAUGGGGGCAACACAUGGAGACAGAUCUUUGAUGAAGAGUACAAUGUCUGGUUCCUAGACUGGGGUGGCGCCCUCAUGGCCAUGAAACACACACCUCUGCCAGUCAGGCAUUUGUGGGUGAGUUUUGAUGAGGGCCACUCCUGGGACAAGUAUGGUUUCACUUCGGUUCCUCUCUUUGUGGAUGGGGCCCUGGUGGAGGCAGGCGUGGAGACCCAGAUUAUGACAGUUUUUGGCCACUUCAGCCUCCGCUCAGAAUGGCAGUUGGUGAAGGUGGACUACAAAUCAAUCUUCAGCCGACACUGUAGCAAGGAGGACUAUCAGACCUGGCACCUGCUCAAUCAGGGGGAGCCUUGCGUCAUGGGAGAAAGGAAAAUAUUCAAGAAACGCAAGCCAGGAGCUCAGUGUGCCCUGGGCCGAGACUCCUCAGGGACAGUGGUCUCAGAACCCUGUGUCUGUGCUGACUGGGACUUUGAAUGUGACUAUGGCUAUGAGAGACAUGGAGAGAGCCAGUGUGUCCCUGCUUUCUGGUACAAUCCAGCAUCUCCAUCCAAGGACUGCAGCCUUGGUCAAAGCUACUUUAACAGUACUGGGUACCGGCGAAUCGUGUCCAACAACUGCACAGACGGCCUGAGGGAGAAGUAUACCGCCAAGGCCCAGAUGUGCCCUGGAAAGGCCCCGCAUGGCCUCCACGUGGCGACGACCGAUGGGCGCCUGGUGGCGGAGCAGGGGCACAAUGCAACCUUCAUCAUCCUCAUGGAGGAGGGUGAUCUCCAAAGGACAAACAUCCAGCUUGACUUUGGGGACGGGAUUGCAGUGUCCUAUGCUAAUUUCAGUCCCAUUGAGGACGGCAUCAAGCACGUGUACAAGAGUGCAGGCAUCUUCCAGGUGACAGCCUAUGCGGAGAACAACCUAGGCUCAGACACGGCGGUGCUCUUCCUGCAUGUGGUUUGUCCUGUGGAGCAUGUUCAUCUCCGGGUCCCCUUUGUUGCCAUAAGAAAUAAGGAGGUCAACAUCAGUGCAGUUGUGUGGCCCAGCCAACUGGGGACUCUUACGUAUUUCUGGUGGUUCGGCAAUAGUACAAAGCCCCUCAUCACCUUGGACAGCAGCAUUUCCUUCACGUUCCUAGCAGAGGGAACUAAUACCAUCACUGUCCAGGUGGCUGCUGGGAAUGCCCUCAUCCAGGACACAAAAGAUAUCGCUGUUCACGAAUACUUCCAGUCCCAGCUCUUAUCUUUCUCUCCUAAUCUGGAUUACCACAAUCCUGACAUUCCAGAGUGGAGGCAAGAUAUUGCCAAUGUGAUCAAGCGGGCUCUGGUGAAAGUAACCAGUGUCCCGGAAGACCAGAUCCUCAUUGCUGUGUUCCCUGGCCUCCCCACUUCUGCAGAGCUCUUCAUUCUUCCCCCCAAGAACUUGACAGAGAGGAGGAAAGGCAAUGAAGGGGACCUGGAACAAAUUGUAGAGACUCUGUUUAAUGCUCUAAACCAAAACUUGGUCCAGUUUGAGCUGAAGCCAGGGGUUCAAGUCAUUGUGUAUGUCACACAGCUGACCUUAGCUCCGCUGGUGGACGCUGGUGCUGGGCACAGCAGCUCGGCCAUGCUUAUGCUCUUGUCAGUAGUGUUUGUCGGCCUGGCUGUGUUUUUGAUCUACAAGUUUAAAAGGAAAAUACCCUGGAUUAACAUCUAUGCUCAAGUCCAACAUGACAAGGAGCAGGAGAUGAUUGGGUCAGUGAGCCAAAGUGAAAACGCCCCCAAAAUCACACUCAGUGACUUCACCGAGCCCGAGGAACUGCUGGACAAAGAGCUGGACACCCGGGUCAUAGGAGGCAUUGCCACCAUUGCAAACAGCGAAAGCACAAAGGAGAUCCCCAACUGCACUAGCGUUUAACACCAAGAAGCCGCGUGGUCAACCAUCUUUCUGACUUUUUAUUUUUGAUGAUUCCUAUUACUCUUAUUAUGGAAAAAUGAAAGUGUCUUUUUUACCUAUUGUUUACCAAGGGCCCCAUGAAUAGCAGGCAGAUGCUUAGCUUUGGGAGGCAAAGCAUACUUAGCUGAUUAUGAGCCACGAAGAAUAAAUGGCCUUUUUUUUGUGCUAAGGGCAAAGGAUGCGUCUUCCCAUGGCUUUCUUACUUCAUUCUGCCAUUUAUAGUGCAAGAAAUCCUGUUUCCCCUGUGAUCUGUCUUUUUAUUUUUUAAGUUGGGUUGGUUUUCCACUAACCUCCCAUCCUCUCCCUGCCCCGUACCACACCAAACCACCAGUACCCAGCUCCUCCCUCCCAGCACACCCACCUAAAACAGAAACCAUUUCCCAGCUAGAUCUGCAGAAGGUAGGUUGGUGGGGAGUGAGGGUGGCUGUAGAAAGUACACACCUGUCAGAAGAGACCCUGCCUCAUGCAUGUCCAUUGCGAGGCUGCAGAUGGCUUAUUGUAUAUAAUUACAAUGUAAAUAGCUUUUUAUUUCCUGAGAAAUAAUUUAAUGUUUAGUAAAAAAGAAAACUGAAAAAAGAAAGAUGCGUCUGUUGGCUUAUGCACUCAGCUUUGGAGCUGACCACCCCCAGGCCUGCUUGAUGUGUUGGGUUCUGGAUGCUCCCCAGUUGUCUGUCGCACUUAACUCUUGCAUCUCUGUGUCCCUGCCAUCACUGGUUUCUAUUUCUGUAUAUAAAGUGGGGAGGGGGAGUACUUCUUUGAAACAAAUAACUGGUAAAGGGAGGACAAGAGUAACAUCAUAGAAUGUGUGAGUUUUUGGUCCCAUCCGUGAUGUGGAAGAAGUUGCAAGAUGAAGUCCACUAGAGACUUCAAACUGAAACCCAGAUGGGCAAACAAGGCUUCCCCUCCAGAAAAAUGAGGUUGAGGAUAGUUAUCAGUCUGAGGUUUUCUCUAAAGAAGCCAGGCAAUGGAUCUAAAAAAAAAUGGCAUCCUGCUUUCUGGUUGGAUUCCAUGGAAUUGUAUAGUGCUUACAGGGAAUUCUCUGGCUAUUCGUAACUCAGAAAAGACCCUUGGGCACUAGGUUAAGUCCAGUGAGUGCCUCAGCCUGGGAGAAGUUAGAGGUGGGAAGGGAGCUGGCACGAGUGGAAUCAUGUGACCAUGCAAACCCUGCAGGCUAAAUAGGGGUCUAGCCUUUAAUGAUCUUAGUCAAAGUUGAUUUUAGCAAAGCUAUGCUACUUGCUUGUCAGAUGUACACAACUUCCUUACAGUCAAAUGUCUGCCUUCAGUUCUCUUAAGAUAGUUCUUGCAUCUGGGGCGAGUAACUUUCAAAGCCAGUGUUCUCCCGCUCCCCAGCCCUUCACACAUUUCACAUGUCAAUUCUUUUUAGGAGGGUUGCUUGAAGCCAUGCUGUAGCAUUGUUUUACUUUGGACUCAGCCUGAGCACACUUGUCUUAAAGAAAAGGUAUACUGUAUAUAUAUAUGGGAGGAGAGGCUGAAUUUUGUACCUGUCCAUUUUUGUGGGAUAUUGUUCACAUCCUUCUCUGUGAGACAUUGAGAGAAUGUGACCUCGAGAAACUGGACUGGCUACAGCAUAGAAUUAGGACUAUUUCUAAAGAUCCUGCUUUUUCAUUUCAAGGGUUAAAUGGGGCAGACAAUUGCAAUACUUGUACUAAACACUGGAAUACAAAUGCAUGAGUCAUAUCUAUAUAUACAGUAUAUGUACAUAUACUGUUCUUGGUUUUAUUGUUCCAUUUGAAUAUUUCUACUGUAAAAAAAAAAAGACAGUGGUUUUGAAAUUGUUGAAAAUAAAUGUAUUUUUGUACAUCAAAGCUA